AUGUUUAGGGAGAAGGGCUCCAAGUCUGUUAAGCGUUUUGACAGUUGGAGAGUUGCCAAAUGCAUACGCUGCACAAGGUCAAGCUUCCCUAUCUUGCCUUCCGCUACUUACAAUUCAGACGGCCAUGCAAUACUCUUCCCCCAAAGGGGAAAUCCCAUCUAUUUCGUAAAAUCCCCACUCUCAUUCCUUUACCUUGCUGUCAAAUCACAUUUUUGCAAGAAUACCACCCUCGUUCAAAGGAACCCCCUAAGGAUGCCCUUUCGACUUCUGUCAAUGAGAUUACAGUCUAACAAGGCAGAGACCAAGAACUUCAAAGUAAAAGAGAAGACGAUCCCACAUUCAAACCAUCUCCGCAGUAUCAUCAGCACUCAAUUUCCUUACUUUCCUAAUUCUACCAUGUAUUCUUUUUUCUCCCCGGUUUGUUCAUGUAAACUCUCUUGCGCGGCGCUUCUCUUGGUUCUCUGGCUAGAGGCCUCACCUUUCCACGAGAUAAACACCGCAGUCAUCAAGAACUCUGAAGAGCAUCUGAAGACAGUGACCAGCGGCGAUAUUCAUCAAAACAAGGAAUCCGACGAAAUUGCGCGGAAGGCGCUUCAAGUAGUCCGACACCGUAGGCUUGAAAUCACCCUUUCCGCAUCCCAUAGGGGAAAAAGCAGGUUCCAGAAAGAAUUAGUCCAAGAAAAGGAUAUAGUCGGUGAAGUCGAGACUCCAGAUGGAGAAAUGCGAAUGCGGGGUUGGCUAACCUUGGACAAUGUCGCAAUAGAGAAAUUCAAGAAGCACCCAGGGAUCGCCCUUAUAUACGAGGGCUUAAAGCUGUCUCUCGGUGGACGAAAACUCCUAAAAACGUAUGCACUCCCACCCCCACAAAUAUCGAUACUUAGGAAUCUAGGUACCAGUGAUUGA